AUGGACCAGUUUGACCAAGGGCAGAUGGCACAUCUACCACUUGCUGUGCAGGUGAUCUCCAGCACGUGGGCCAGAGAUUCUCAUGACCUCUUUGACUUCGAGGCUCAUCAUUUGCACACGAAGACCUUCACAGUGCUGCAAUCCAUGGUCUGUGUCCGCAACGACACAGAGGUGAUGAUGAUGCGCGAGAACUCGUCGAUGCCAAUGGGCAGCGACCCACUUCUUCGCAUCAUUCAGAAGGAUGGAUAUUUCUGGGUGGACAAGGCUUCUCCCAGCACCAGUUCCAAGAAGCUGUGGCGUGUCGUUCGAGAUUCCAGUGCUGGGCAUCACCUGACCGAAGGCGACAUCAUCAAAUUGGGUCGUUUCAAGUUCAAGGUCCGGCAACUUGGAACCAGUCCGCUGGCGCAACCUGAGCUUCGCUUGGACGACGCGAAUGGGGCUUGUUGUCCCGCCAGUUUGGAUCAUGAAGCGCUGGCGGCCACUCUCUGUCGCAUUUGCCUUUUGGAGGGUUCCACCGAGGAAGAUCCCUUGAUCAGCCCAUGUAUGUGCAAAGGCUCCAUUGAGUUUGUACAUUUGGGUUGUCUUCGCUAUUGGAUCCGUGGGCGCUUGAACCUCACGGACGGUGCCACUGGAGGCAGCUACUUCUACCGGCCCUUAGCGUGUGAGCUUUGCAAGGCCAUCUACCCAACCUAUGUGACCACGGGUUCCGAACGGAUGCCGCUGGUGGAGGUGCCAAAAACAACACCACCUUUCAUCGUCCUGGAGAAUCUGGUCCGAGAUUCACAGCAACAUGCUUCCAGAGGUCUUCAUGUGCACAGCUCAGGAGCUCAGGUCCCUACGAUGACUAGUUAUGACUAGUUAUGAGUUGGUGAUUCCCGCGAGGAUCUACAAGGAUUUGAUCCUUGCCUUCGAUUGCGGCAUGUUGAACAGUAUGGCUGGCGAGAUGUUUCACCAAGCGACAAAAGUGGAUUGAAA